AUGCGCCUUUGCCUGCCAAACCUGCUCGUGACGGCUGCACUUAUAUCGGCCGGCGCCGUGUUGGCGCAAGACAUUCCCACCGAUGUGCCCGUAUCAGUUCUCCUGACUUCAGCUCAGGAACAUCUCACAAAGGGCGAGACUAACGAGGCCUUGGCCUAUUUCGAUGCGGCCAUCGCUCGAGAUCCGACCAACUAUCUGUCAUUCUUCAAGCGGGCCACCACGUACCUGUCACUCGGUCGCGCAAACCUCGCAACUGAAGACUUCAACAAGGCCAAGGCCGCCGAAUGGGACGGCGCCAAAGCCGAUUACGCUGCAGCUGGCGAAGGGUCUGACUCGCCCGACGUUCAGAGUCUGACGGCGGCCGAGGAGUCGAUGAAGCUGGCCUUUGCUGCCGAAAAAGAGGGCAAAUGGGAGGAAUGUGUCAACCACGCAGGGGAUGCCAUCGUUACCGCCUCCAGGUACAUCCCGUUGCGCGAGACGCGAUCCCACUGUCGCUUUGAGCGAGGCGAGUUGGAAGAAGCCAUUGGCGAUCUUCGCCACGUGCUGCAGAUGCGUCCCGGAGACAUCUCCCCCCACGUCGUCAUCUCGGCUGUUUCGUUCUACAAUCUCGCGGAUCUCGAUGCUGGCGUCGGCCAGAUCCGAAAGUGUCUCCAUUCCGAUCCAGACUCUAAGGUCUGCAAAAAAUUACACAAGCAGCAAAAGGCCAUUACCAAGGCAUUUACCAAGGUAAACGGUCAAUUGAGCAAGGGACAGUAUACAACGGCGAGCAGAGGGUUGGUUGGGACAGAAGAAGACACUGGGCUCCUCCAGACCGUCAAGGAACAGGUCGACGAGCUACGCCAGGAUGGAAGAAUACCCGUCCAAGGGAGAGUGUUGCUGUACGAACAGCUGGUCGAGAUGGUUUGCCAGGCCUAUGUUGAGUCAACGAGCAAGCAUGCCGAUAAGUAUUGUGACGAGGCAGUUCAACUGAAUGAAGAAUCAUUCUGGGGCCAGUUGCAUCGUGCCAAAACUUUACUCAAGAAAGAAGAGUUCGAGGCAGCCAUUCAGACGCUAGAAAACGCAGCCAAUGCACACCCAGACAAGAGAGACAAGAUCAACCCACUUCUUAACAAGGCACAGAUUGAACUGAAGCGGAGCAAGACAAAGGACUACUACAAGGUGCUUGGCGUUGCCCACGAUGCUGAUGAGAGACAGAUCAAAUCAGCAUACCGCAAGGCGUCCAAGCAGUUCCACCCAGACAAGGCCGUGAAGUCGGGCAUGAGCAAAGAGGAGGCCGAGAAGAAGAUGGCGGGUAUCAAUGAGGCGUACGAGGUGCUGAGCGACCCCGAACUGCGCGCCCGGUUUGACAGAGGAGACGACCCCAACAACCAAGAGAGAGGAAACCCAUUCCAAGGAUCACCGUUUGGAGGCCAGCACUGGGCGUUCCAGCAGCCAGGCGGCGGCGGCGGGCAGCAGUUUAAGUUUCAGUUCAACAACGGACCGUUUGGAUUCUAA